CAAGUUGCGACGCACCGACAUGGCGUUUGUUUCUGUUUGCUAAAUUUGAACUAAUUGAGAAAUAGAAUAAAUUUGGCUUCUUAGAAUUUUUAAAAAACAAAAGCAAGUGUUAUCCGAACCGUGGCAGUUGCCUUUUUUUUCCAAUGCGUCCACUAUGAGCGGAGGUUUAGCACCAAGCAAAAGCACAGUGUAUGUGUCCAACUUGCCUUUUUCUCUGACGAACAGCGACCUGCACAAGUUAUUCACUAAAUAUGGAAAAGUCGUGAAGGUCACAAUUGUCAAGGAUAAGCACACUCGCCAGAGUAAAGGAGUGGCGUUUGUUCUCUAUCUGGACAGGGAAUCAGCUCAUAACUGCGCCAGAGCGAUUCACAACAAACAGUUAUUUGGCAGGACAGUAAAAGCCAGCAUUGCCAUCGACAAUGGGAGAGCAGCUGAGUUCAUAAGAAGACGGAACUACACAGACAAGUCCAAAUGCUAUGAAUGUGGGGAUGUUGGACAUCUGAGCUACGCAUGCCCCAAAAACAUGCUGGGAGAGAGGGAACCUCCAAAGAAAAAGGAAAAGAAAAAGAAAAAAAGGACACAAGAGCCUGAGCAUGUUGAAGAAGAUGAAGAAAGUGAAGAAGAAGGAGAGGAUCCAGCUUUAGAUAGUUUAAGUCAAGCCAUUGCUUUUCAGCAAGCCCAUAUGGAGGAAGAGGAGAUAAAACGGAAGAGGCAGGCUGAAGAGGACAGUGCUCGUGCUUCCACAUCCUCGGACUCAAAGAAACCAAGGAUCAAAAAGAGCGCAUACUUCAGUGAUGAGGAGGAGCUCAGUGACUAAUGACUUGCAUGCGCAGAUAUUCAUGUUUUUUUAAACAGUUAUUAUCGGGUGGAAGAGAUGCACACCAUCUGUCAGAUUUGUCUUUUUUUAUUGAAAUCUAAUUCUGUGUAAUUUAUGGAUUGAACAUUUACAGGUUGUUACUACUUCCUUUCUUUCAAUAAAGGAAAUUUACAAUUUUUAACAAAGAUAUGUACUGUAUUUAUUUGAAAAAGAGACAAUGCUGUGACUGUGGUUUAAAAUGUUCAGAAACUUUAUACAGUAACCUGAAACUGGUUCUUCAGUUGGAAUUUGGCUCCAAUAAAAUUCAGUUGUCUGCAUGAAAUGGGGAUGAUCAGGCUUAUCUGAUUUGAGAUGUUUGGUGCACCUGCUUUACUUUAUCA